AUGUCAGAUCGGAUCUUUUAUAUUCACUCUAACUUGUCCUGUGUCCCGUGGGAUGGCCCCACAGCUGCAGCAGUGGCACCCUCUUCUCCCACACCCGGCUACUACCAUGUCCUCUACCGAGGGUUUGGAGAGAGCCAGGUGGGCUGGCAUGGCGAGACAUACUGCCUGGUUGGCGGCUACCGGACCUACGGAGAUGCCCCCGUGGCCACCCCAGAGAAGAUGGAAACAGAGAAGCCGGCCCCCCGACGGGCUCCCAAGAGACGCCACUCUCUGUCCGAGUUGGACAACGAGCUGGGCUGCUCCAGUCCCAAGAUUCAGCGCUUGCAUGAAGUGGCAGAAGGCAGAAACUCACUGGCUGAAUCCCUCUGUGGAGAGAAACCAUGA